ACAACUCAAUUUCCCUGUACAAGAAUAGGGGGUAAACCGUAUGGGGCGACAGCUGUGGGCAAGGCAGCCGAUGAUCGCUUCAACAUAGCCAUGGAGAAAGACAGCAAAUAGCUACUGGACCCUGGUCGCAAGGCCAAACCGAGAGAGGGGCAGGAGACAGCGACAGGAAGCUGCUCCUCCUUUUUCCUCUUCUUUCGUACGGCCGAUGAUGUAGAUGCAGAGCAACGGCUACAGACGUCCGCGACGCCUCCUUUGCGUUUGUGGAUCGGGCGAUUGCGUCAUCGCUCCACGUUGUACGGUCUGCUCUGGAUGACGACAGGGGAGAAGUUUUUUGUUGUUAAUGUUCCAUUUGUGCAUCAGGUAUCCGCAUCCGUGCACGGUUUGUCUCAGCGGAUGCGAUUCAGGGUGGACCGUGAGCAGCGGCUGAUUGUAAGAAAUACACACAUGCAGACGUUGCACACAUUUGUACACAAUCAUACGAACACGCACAUUGACACACAUAUCGACGCGCACAGAAAUACACACGCACGCACAAGCACACUGGCGCACACGCAAAUAAACACGUGCACACAAACUCACGCUGACACAAACUGACGCAAAGACACCGUGACACACACACGCGCGCACGCACGCCGUACCGCGCACACACCACGCACGCCCAGAGCGAGCGCCGAUGGCCGAGCGGCCGAGCCACCACCACGUGAACGGCUCGGACGCCGGGGCCCACGGGGACGGGGCCUCCUCGGGGGGCCCCACGGACCGGGGGCCGGCCGCCGGCACGCCGGAUUCACUGCUGGAUGUGCAGGACUCGGUGGACGCUCACCUCGCCCUCAAGGGCAUCAACAUGCUGCUCAACAACGGCUUCAGGGACGCCGACGAGCUCUUCCGCCUUCACAGGACGUCGGGGCCGUUGAUGAGCUUCGGGGCGAGUUUCGUCAGUUUCCUGCAAGCGCUCAUGACGUUCGAGGAGGAGAAGCUGCACGCGGCGUCCGAGGACCUGCGCAGCACGGAACGGCUGUGCGGUGCCGAGGAAGUGGGAGUCAUCGACGCCAUCAAGAGCAAGAUGAAGAAGAGCGCGGAGGACGCGAAGCCCUCGCCGACGCUGGAGGAUCGCCUGCAGAGGCAGAUCAUCGUCGCCGACUGCCAGCUCUACCUGGCCGUGCUCGCCUUCGUCAAGCAGGAGCUGUCAGCGUACAUCAAGGGCGGCUGGAUCCUGCGCAAGGCGUGGAAGGUGUACGACCGGUGCUACCGCGAGGUGAGCGAGCUGCACGCCGCCUCGCACCGCCGGCAGCAGCAGCAGCUGGCGCUCACCGACACUACCGCCUCCGACACCAGCAGCAGCAGCACCACAACCGCCGCCGGCACCACCACCACAACCGCCGGCACGGACGGGAACUCGAACCUGCGCCGGACAUCAACCGCAUCGGAGCGCGGAGCGGCCGAGGCUCGUGGCAGGCUGGAGGCGGAGCUGGGCACGGCGUCGCACGCCACCCUGCAGCGCCUGAUGGGCGCCGUGAGCUUCGGCUACGGCCUCUUCCACCUCUGCAUCUCCAUGGUGCCGCCCAACCUGCUCAAGAUCGUCAACCUCCUGGGCUUCCCCGGGGACCGGCAGCAGGGCCUCAGGUCGCUCGCCUACGCAAGCCAAAGCCGAGACAUGAAGGCGCCGCUCGCCACGCUGGCGCUGCUGUGGUACCACACGGUGGUGCGCCCGUUCUUCGCGCUGGACGGGGACGACAUCCAGGCGGGGCUGUGGGAGGCCGAGGAGAUCCUGCGGCAGAAGGAGGCGCUCUACCCAAACUCCUCCCUCUUCCUCUUCUUCAAGGGCCGCGUGCAGCGACUGCGGUGCGAAAUCAACAGUGCCUUGACGUCCUUCCGGCUGGCGCUGGAGUGCGCCAGCGAGCAGAGGGAGCUGCAGCACGUGUGCCUCUACGAGAUCGGGUGGUGCAGCAUGCUGCAGCUGGAUUUUGGCGAUGCGGCCGACUGCUUUGCUCGGCUCAAGACGGAGUCUCGCUGGUCCCAGUGCUACUACGCCUACCUGACAGCAGUGUGCCGGGGAGGCACGGGGGCUCUGGAGGAAGCGCAGCUCGUCUUCAAGGAGGUGCAGAAGCUGUUCAAGCGCAAGAACAAUCAGAUCGAGCAGUUCGCCGUACGCAAGGCCGACCGCUUCAAGAAGACGCAGCCGACGCAGCAGCUGUGCGUCCUGGCGGCAGUGGAGGUGCUCUACCUGUGGAGGGCCCUGCUCAACUGCUCGCCCACGCACCUGCAGCGCAUGCUGACCGUGUGUGAAAGCGUGGACGACCUGUCGUCAGCCGGCAUCAAGUGUCUCCUCAUGGGCACCAUCAACAAGACACUGGGCAACCGGGAAGAGUCCAUCCAGCUCUUCAAGCAGGCGUUCCUAGACGGUUCGAGCCGCCAGCACAACGCCUACGUGCAGCCGUUCGCCUGCUACGAGCUGGGCUGCCUGCUCAUCGAGGUGCCCGAGACCACGGGGAGAGGCAAGGCAUUGCUCCUUCAAGCCAAGGACGGCUUCACGGAGUACGACUUUGAGAAUCGCCUGCAGGUGCGAAUCCACGCUGCUCUCGCUCCGCUCAAGGACGUCAUCCCCCAAUAGCGAUCGCCCCCCACCUUCCCACGUGCCGCCCCUUUUACACCACUCCGCCGACCGCUACCGCCCUCCUCCUACCCCCACCCCCCACCGCGGCCCCCAACCUCUGAUCUCCUGACCUAUUCUGGUCUUCACCGGGGUCGCGAGACGCCCACACCUCCCCAAGGGAACCCCAGAGUGGAUGGGACGCCAUUCGUCCCAAAUCCUCCUCCGCCUCCCACCGACAGCUGCGCCCACCGCCAGCGCCCACCCCGAAGCGACGAAGCGGCUUUGCACUUCCUCCCUCCUGCCCCCCCCCCCCCCCCCGGAGCGACGGAUGGGAGGGCAAGGUGGAACAGGGUCGAGAGUUGAGAUGGCGGACUGUGAAGGACGAAGAAAACCGGGUUUCCCCCAAACUGGAGUCGCACAUCGCGGCGCCGCCUUUCCACGCUUUUUUGCUCCGCCCUCUUCGUUGUAAUACAAAUGGAGUAGUUGACACGCUGCACGAGCCCGAUGAUUGCCACAUGCGUCGCACGUGUCGUAGAGAGCUCUGGGAUUCGUAUUGAGACGGAGCGUGUGCGUGUGUGUGUGUGUGUCUACGUGUGUAACGAUCAGCGCGCUGCCCCUCGGACCCGACGACCUGAGUUCGAUAUGCGCUCACGGCCAACACCAGUGACGACUGUCUGAAUCGGUUCUGGGCCUUUACACUCCGCAGCAGGUACUCAUUU